UUGAGAAAGGAAAACAUGGAACUCUACAGAAGUUUAGCACUGGAGAUUCUGAGAGAAGAAAAAGACAUGUACAGGCCGUAUUUGACGGAGGGGAAAGUAGAACCCAUCACCUCCCCCACGACAAACUCUGAUUCCGGAGUGGAAGAUCCGUCUAUCAGUCCGUCAUGUAGCUCACCGGAUUAUAAGUCCGAUGCCGACCAGUCCAGUACGACAGGAUCUCUAUCUCAAUCGGAAUCAUCAGCCUUCAGCAAAAUUCGGAAACCCUCGGCAAAUUUGGACCCUCGAUACCCCUUUCCAUCUGCAGCGGUCCCUAUGAUGUAUCCCACUCCAGGACUAGGCUACUUCCCUUCUUUCCCCGUGUCACCGUGGUUUCCAGCCGACGCCUUAUCAAAAGGAUUUCCAGCAGUUCCUACGUCAACUUCUCGAGCGGAAGUCAUUCCGCGCGAGACCCCGUCAGAUGAUGUAUUCUACCGCGUGGACCCCCGAGUUCCCUUCACCAAUUACUUUAUGAACCUAACAAAGCUUCUGAAAAAAGAAGAAAAAAGUUCUAAUAGCAGCACAAAAGAAUAUGAAAACUAUGAGACUGUAACCAAAGAAGAACCGGAGUCAGAUUCCGAAGAGGAAUCCAACAGAGAAGAGGACGGAGAGACACCGAAAUCUCCCACCAAUCCAGCAGAAAAUUACAACUCACAUCCGCUCCGUGACCGAGAGUACAGAAACCUCUCUGCCAUGAUGGCUAACCCAGCCCUGUUGUGUCUUUCUCAGAUGCAUCCCUACCCAUCCAAAGUUCCCACAAUGGACGCCCUCCCUCAUCUCUCCGGCUCCAUACCCCAGGCGUCCAUGAUUCAGUUCAUGAGCGGGAUGUCCAGUCAGUCCGCCAUGAUUCACCCAGCGUUCCUUCACAUGACAGCCCUGGGACAGAAGCGACUAAAUCAGGAAAAACCUCCGCCGGUGAAGAAAUACAAAUGUGACGUUUGCGGCAAGGCGUUCUCCAGGAGCAACACCCUGGUCACCCACAAGCGUAUCCACACUGGAGAUAAACCCUUUAAAUGUGAGAUUUGCGGGCGAGCUUUCCGGCAGCCGGGCAAUCUGACACGACAUCGGCUCACUCACACCACAGUCAAGCCCUAUGUCUGCCCGACCUGUAACAAAGCCUUCAACCGGGCCUCCAACUUACACACGCACAUGCGCACUCACACCAACUACCGGCCCUUCAUCUGCCCGUACUGUGGGAAGGGGUUCCACCAGAAGAUUGACAUGAAAAUUCACUGCUAUACACAUACCGGUGAGCGCCCCCAUCGCUGUGACAUCUGCGGAAAAGGCUUUACCCUGGCCAGCACCCUCAACACACACCGCCGUAUUCACUCGGAACAGCGGGGAUUCCCUCUGAUGGAGACUGAGGUUUCUCCAUCGGCAACCACCUCAACCUCACCGAGCGACGCCUAGCGGCUGGCGCAGCAUCCUAAUGUACAAUUCACUCAUAAAAAGUUCACACAUACUCUUA